AUGGCAACUGCUAAGCUUCGGAAAGAGAACCAAGCACUAAGAAGCGAGAUCACGGCACUAGAAGAAAGGCUGGAUAAAAUUACAAACGAAGUGUCAAAGAAUAAAGACAGCAUGGCCGAUUCUCUUACCGGACAAGAAGUCAACCAUGCAACUAAUCGGUCUGAAGCAGCCGAUAAAAGUAAGUCUAUCGAAUUCAUAAGCGCACAAUACGAUGAUAUUAUUGUGUUUAAAAACAACGUGAUUCAAGAUCUCAAAGAUAUGAAAAAGCAAGUUAGCAUGAUAUCUAAAAAAUGCGAAGCUAUUACGACCUCCGUUGAACCAAUGGAGGACUAUAGCUAUCAAUAUAAUCUGAAAAUCGUCGGCAUGCCACAGCAAUGUGAGAAUGAAUCAGCCGAAAACACAACGAAAUUGUGUUUGAAUUUGUUCGCCGCGAUCGGAGCUGAAGUUACAGAACAGGACAUAGACAUUUCACAUCGAGUCCUUGCGAGAAGGCAAUCAAAUCGGCCGAGUGCAAUAAUCUGUAAAUUCGUCCGUCGCUUGGCUAAGGAAAGGGUUCUUGCUCUCAGAAAGAAAACUAGCAACGUUCAACCACAACAACUUGGUUUCUCCUCAGAAGUGCAACUUAAUUAUCUUAGUAUCUAUGAACAUCUACCCCCACGUCUACAGGAACUCUUGUUUGAGGCGAACAAAUACAAACGUGAGAAUAACUUCAAGUUUUGCUGGGUUAGAAAUAAAGCCAUUUGUUUGCGCAAAUCCGAGGGUGAUGUUGUUAUCAAGCUAACAAAACGAGAGGAUCUUGCUCAAUUGUUAUCUCAAGAACAAAGUUCAUAA